AUGUUCAAACGAUUAGAACAACGGGCGUGGACAUGCCCGCAAUGUCUCCGUCAACAAGUCCGACAAUCCCGACGAUCGCUUGUCACCUCCAGCAGAACGAAAGGAGCAGCGGCAGCAGGCGCGGUUGCAGACGACUAUCAACAACCAAUCUCGACGGCUGCACCCAGCAUUGCCCACGAUGAUCGGACACUCCGACAGAUCUUCGACUCGCCGCGCUUCUGGAAGGACUUCUCGUCCAAGACGAAAUACCACUCUGGCGGGAAGAGUGCUGGCCUGCUACAGAAUCGCUAUCUCUCCAAGCCAGAGGGCUUUGGAGAGUUCGCGAAUGUCACACUGCAGAAGUGCCAGAAGAUCGUUGCACAGGUGUUGAAGUACAACACGGUAGACCAGUACAAGAGGAUUACACGAGAUUUGGAUAGAUUGAGUGAUUUGCUAUGUCGUGUUAUCGAUCUGAGUGAUUUCAUUCGAUCAGUACACCCAGACAGGCAGAUACAGGCUGCUGCUACCCAAGCAUAUGCUGCCAUGUUUCAGUACAUGAAUGUCCUGAAUACCACACCAGGAUUGAACGAGCAAUUGAAGAAGGCAGCAUCGAUCCCUGAAGUACAUGCAUCAUGGAGCGUAGAAGAGAAGACCGUGGCCGAGAUCUUGAUACGAGACUUCUCCAAGUCAGCGAUAGACUUGCCAGAAAAAGAACGAGAAGCGUUCGUGGCGCUGUCAGAUGAGAUUGCUGAAGUCGGUAAUGCAUUUGUGGACAGCAUGGCGCCGGAAAAGCCAUACCUUCAGUUCAGCAGCAGCAAGAUGAAGGGGAUGGAUCCUGUAUUCGUCAAACAGUUGACUAAAUGGGGCAACGUGACUUUGCCGACUGAAGGAAUGCCAGCGCAGGUUGCACUGCGGACUGUAGAGGAUGCCGAUGUGCGGCAAGAGGUAUACAUGGCCAACCGAACUUCUUCAAAGGACAACCUGCAACGGCUGGAGCGAAUGCUUCGACUACGAGCAGAGCUCGCGAAGCUGUCACACUACGAGAGCUUCGCCCAUAUGACAUUGACCGACAAGAUGGCCAAAUCGCCUGAAGCUGUCACCUCGUUCUUAGACGGUCUUGCUCAAGUCAAUUCGCCACAUGCACGAGAAGAGUUGCGAGAACUGCUUGAGCUCAAAAAGGGCGAUGCUCACUCGCUCAACCGACCAGAACAGCUCAAUGCAUGGGAUCGAGACUAUUACACCACUCAGCUCAUGUCUUCGAUGCGCUCGAAAGCACGAACACCCGAUGUACUGAGUGCAUACUUCUCUCUUGGUACGGUCUUUCAGGGACUGUCUCGUCUCUUUCAUCGUCUCUACGGCAUCCGUCUAGUACCUCACGAAACACUUCCUGGCGAAACGUGGAAUUCAGAUGUCCGACGCCUGGACGUAAUCGACGACCACGAAGGCCACAUCGCCGUAAUCUACUGCGACCUUUUCGAACGACCAGGGAAAAGCCCCAAUCCUGCGCACUUCACGCUCCGCUGCUCCCGCCGUAUCAGCUCCGAAGAGAUGCACGAAGCCGCCGAAAUCAGCUCCCACUCCUCUUCACCCUUCUCGACCGCCCAAGAAGCUGUGAACGAUGGUCUAGCCACGAACUUUAACUCCCGCGACAACAAUGCCCUGUAUCAACUCCCCACCAUAGCACUCAUCUGCGACUUCUCCCUCCCACCACAAGGCUCAAAGCGUCCAACCCUGCUCACUUUCCGCGAACUCACAACACUCUUCCACGAAAUGGGUCAUGCGGUCCACUCCAUCUGCGGCCGCACUGCACUCCAAAACGUCAGUGGAACCCGCUGCGCAACGGAUUUCGCGGAACUGCCCUCAGUGCUGAUGGAGAAUUUUGCGUCCGCACCAGAAGUCCUCGGACUCUACGCCCGGCACUGGGAGACUGACACGCCACUGGACCCCAGCCGCGUCCAAGAACGUGUCGAGAUCGAUAAGAGAAUGCAAGGAGCCGAGACAGAAUCUCAAAUCCUGCUCGCCAUGCUCGAUCAAGAAUACCACUCUUCCCAAUCGCUCUCCUGGCAAGACGCUGGCGAGAGCACGAAGGUCUACCAAAAUGUCUGGAACAAAUACUCAUCGGUCCCCGAACCUCAAGGUACAUCCUGGCAAGGCUUCUUCGGUCACCUUUUUGGCUAUGGCGCUACGUACUACUCCUACCUAUUUGAUCGAGCAAUCGCUGGCAAGAUUUGGAGAGAUGUGUUUCAAAGGCAGCAAGGUGAUGCUGUCAACCCUGCGCAGGGAGCGCUGUUUAGAGGAGAGGUUCUGCGAUGGGGUGGUGGGAGGGAUGGAUGGCGGUGCGUUGCUGGUGUGUUGCAAGAGAAGGAUGGUGUUCUGGCUGAGGGUGGGAAGGGGGCGAUGGAGAUGGUGGGAAAGUGGGACGGCGUGGUAUAUGGCUUUGCGAACCAGAAAAUCGUUGUCCAACAGUUAUUCUUCCCAACAUGCCACGUGGAGGCCAACUGGUGCUCAGCUCCCGAUCAUUGCGAGUGUUGCCUGGGUCUGGACCAACAGCAAGCAAAGACCUACCACCUCAGUCGCCCAACGCAGUUCAAACAACGAUACAUCUCAAUCCUCUUCAUCCCAUUUCUCCUCCACCUCACAUCCACAGCCGCACAGCCACCGCUACCACCCCUCAGCAACACCCUCGCGCCUCUGUACGGCAUGGGCGUACUCGACAAAUACCCAGACGAGUGCGUCAUCUCCUUGCACGACGGCCAGACCCUCGAGAAGCACUUUCGUACCCUCGCAAUCGAUCAACACGCCUUCGCCGCUUUGCGCGAGUUCACUUGGGGCUAUGAGGCGACUAUGAGUGCCAGUCUACGGGAUAAGCUCAUCCGACGCGAUCCUGGUGUACUAGCAGUGGAGACGAGUCGGCCUGCUUACGCGAUUGAAGCCGUAGAUGUGGUGGUAUGUGAGCCUGAGGGUGGACCGCCGUGGUGGAAUCGUUGA